ACUCCACCCACCUCCGGCCUGCUCACGCCAGGUCACACCCACCUCCACCUCGGGCCUGUUCUUUCUGUCAAUCAACGUACGACCACGCCUACCAAACGCUGCUCUGCUGUCGAUUAAGCCAAGUCACGCCCACGCCGUGCCUGAUCUUGCUGUCAAUCAACGCCAGGCCGCGCCCCUCUCGUGCCUCUUACACAAACAGCAGCAGUUCGAGAGAGUAAAUAGAGAAAAGAUGGCGGAGUUCAUUCAGCUCAACAAACCCACGGAACCGAAACCAGCGUCCCAGAACCGCGAGCACCACCAUCAUCAUCAUCCUCCACCACCACCGGCCAAAAAGAUACGACAUGAGGAGAAAAUCUUCAAAACCAAGAAGAUGAACGGAGGUGCGGAGCAGCCGAUCCACAGCAACAAACCCAAGAGCAAAAAACCCAAAACAGAGAGAGAUAGAGACAGAGAGAAAGAGAGUGAGAGAGAGAAAGAUAAAGAGAGGGAGAAACAGAAGAAAAACUACAAGCUGGCAGCUGAAAAUCACCUCGGUGUGAAGAAGGAAAACGGCGAGCUGAAGUUACCGCAGAGAGAACACCCUGUCAAAGACAAACAGAAAGAGAGAGACAAAGAGAGCGAAAGAAAGAGAGAGAGAGAAAAGGAGGAGAAAGACAUGAGAAAACUCCAGCUCAUGAUGGAGAUGAAGAAAGAAAACGGGGAGGUGAAGAUCAUGCAGAAAGGUGACCGAGAGAAGCCCAAGAUAAACUCAGCUGAGGACCUGCUGAUAAAGAGGGUGAAGAAGAAAAAGAAAAAGAAGCAUAAAGAAGGUGAAAAGCGAAAGCGACCCAAGAUGUACAGCAGAUCCAGUCAAACAGUUUGUUCUGAUCGUCUGUCCAGCUUGAUGUCUGAUUCUGGGCCGGAAUUCAAGCAUCCUCUUCCCGCCCAGCAGGGCGGCGCUCUGUCCUCCAGUGGCAGGAUGAAGCAGGAAGAGGGCUGCUAUCGAAGCUCGAGCGGUGCCGUCUCGGAGGGCGUGGGGAAAAGUUCCCAACUGCCUGGACUGGACCGGCUCGAAUUUGGCCGGCUGGUUCACGUGGAGCACCAGCCGAACGGCGGCGCCCUGGUGGUUCACGCCUACAGCAGAGAGCUGUCGGUCCUGUCUUCUGUGGAGAUGCAGAGAUUCGCACAGGAGUUUGUAAAGUUGGCAUUUAGCGAGGAUCAGGAGGCAGCUGCCAACUAUGUGAUGGGCAUAAUUCAUGGGGCCGCCUCGUACCUCCCUGACUUCCUGGAGUACUUCUCUAGUAAGUUUCCCAAUUCGCCUGUCAAAAUGGAAAUUCUGGGGAAGAAGGACAUCGAGACGACUACUAUGGCAAACUUUAAUGCUCAGGUUAAGAGGAGUUACUCUCACGGGACGUACCGUGCCGGGGCCAUGAGACAGAUCAGUCUGGUGGGCGCUGUGGAUGAAGAAGUGGGCGAUUAUUUUCCAGAGUUCCUUAGCAUGCUGGAGAAGUCGCCCUUCCUGGAGCGUACACUUCCAUGGGGUUCUUUCUCAAGUCUGAAGCUAAGCAGUCCAGAAGAGAGUGACGACGGGCCCAUCAUGUGGGUUCGGCCUGGAGAGCAGAUGAUCCCAGUCACAGACAUGCCCAAGUCUCCUUUCAAACGGAAAAGGUCGACAAAUGAAAUUAAGAAUCUUCAGUACCUGCCCCGAACCAGUGAGCCACGCGAGAUGUUGUUUGAGGAUCGAACCCGAGCUCACGCCGACCACAUCGGUCAAGGUUUCGAACGGCAAACGACUGCAGCUGUAGGUGUUUUGAAAGCUGUCCGGUGCGGUGAAAGCCCUGAUCCUCCACGCAUAACCAAAGACGUGAUCUGUUUCCACGCGGCUGACUUCAACGAAGUAGUGCAAAGACUUCAGUUAGACCUGUACGAACCACCCUUGUCUCAGUGUGUACAGUGGGUUGAUGAUGCGAAACUCAAUCAGUUACGGCGAGAGGGCAUUCGUUACGCUCGUAUUCAGUUAUACGACAACGACAUUUACUUUAUCCCACGCAACGUAGUUCACCAGUUCAAGAGCGUGUCAGCAGUGUGCAGCCUUGCUUGGCACGUCCGCUUGAAGCAGUAUCACCAGGACGCAGAAGACAACAAAAUUCGAGAGGAUCGUGACGAGAAGAUCCAGCAAAUCAAGGAGGAACCACUGAGUGAGAAUGCAAAAGCUGAAAACACAGACUUCAGAGCUUCGAGAGAGAUGCCGAGCGGACCCCCAAUAAAGGUGGAGUGGGUCGAGGCGCUCCCCGAAAGAUCGCCCAAAUGCCCACCCAGCAGCAACAGCCUGACUCCGCCUCUUUCCACCAAGUCUGACGGACAGUCCAAAGUGCACCACGUAUCAGAAUGUUUUGGCAAUCCCUCACAGCCCUCGACCGCCGCGUUCGACGCGUGCUCUCGUAGCUCCGCGGCUGGUCCGUACACGCCUAAACAAGCACACACGCCGACGAAACGCGUACACGCCUCGUCAUCCAAAUACUUCCAUUCUCUCUCCUCUGGCCCCAAACCAGGACACUCGCUCUCGACGUCAACCAAAUUAACUCACUCUAGUAACACGACCAAACCGACCCAAGGUAGUAACAUAAACAAAACAACCGCAUCUAGCAACGCAACCAAACCGAUUCACUCUAGUAAUGCGACCAAAUCCAUCCACUCUAGUAACAUGAUCAAACCGACUCACUCUAGUAACACAACCAAACCGACCCACUCGACCAAACCGACGCACUCGACUAACUCAGUCAAACAUUCGCACUCCACACUACUAACCAAACCCAGCUCUAAACUGAGCUCUGGACUGUCAAUCAGCUGGAGUGGUCCUCCCCUUGGCCCGUCCCCGACAGCGUCCCCUCUGAGGCCGGACCGACCUCGAGACUCUGUGCACCCAAAGGUCAUGAGAACGCAUGAACCACACAAAGACUUUUUAUACUGAUUUGUACAGAAGAGUUUUUAAAUGGCGACACUUCUUCUUUUAAUACUGUACAUUUCAACUGUUUGGUUUUCUUUUAUAAACCAGGAACUGCAGUUCAUCUCAAUGAAUUUAAAGAUCUGCCUUUGGUGAACACCACCUUUGUCGAUCUCUCUCUCUCACUCUUUUUAAUAACUUCUCUCUAUUUCUCUCUCUUUUCCUGUUACUGGUUGCCAACGUGGCAAAUGAUGUAGCUCGUAACACGUUACUCAGUGCCUGUCCGUAACUGUGAAAUAUGGAAGCACUUCAGCUCGGCUGCACACUGAGAAAAUACUACACAAAUUCAAACAGGUCCUUGAUGAAUAAUAUAUUUUCAGUUGUAGGCUUUAGUCAGAGCUGACAUGAACAUAUAUAUUUUUUGUAAGAUGACAGAAUUCUUUUUAAAGACUCUAUAGGCUUUUCCGUGGAGCUUAUUUAUAUGGAAAGGUUUCUUUGGUUCUGUUUGAUUUAGUCAGCACUGUAGAGUUUCUAAAGGAAAUGUGUAGUGUGAUUUAUACUGAAAUAAGAACCUGCUAAUAAAAGGUUCUGUCUGUUG